AGUUGCUCAAUAUCCCUGAUAAGACUCAUGGGUGCGGCUAUAGCCUAUAAAGUCUUCAGAAAGAUAACCAGCAUUUCUCAAAUAUUUCACUCAUUCGCCUAAACGUGCUUGACCUGAGCAUCGCACAGCCAUGCCAUCCGAACUAGAGACCGCCAUGGAGUCCCUCAUCAUGGUUUUCCACCGAUAUGCUGGAAAAGAGGGCAGGAGCGGCACCCUGACCCGACGGGAACUCCGAAUACUAAUGGAGAACGAGCUCUCUGGGUUCCUUAAGUCUCAAAAGGAUCCGACCACCAUCGACAGAAUCAUGAAAGAUCUGGAUGCCAACGGGGACGGCGAGGUGAACUUUGAGGAGUUUGUGUCUUUGGUUCUGGGAUUGUCCAUCGCCUGCGAGGCUUGCUACAGGAUGGAUUUAAGGAAGACGCAAAGCUGGAACCUUUAAGUUUGUGUAUAUGAGUGUGUUUGUGUGUGUGUUAGUAUCGGAUGAACACCAUAAAAACUUCCUUUGCCGCGAGGUUAAAGUACAGUGGGUGUGUAGGACAGGUCUUAACAUUCUUUGACAUACAGUAUUUUUUUCUUGAGCUUGUCCGUGCUAAAAACAGUGGAUGUUUUUAUUUAAAAUAAAGCUUAAACAUUCGGAA